GACGAAGGUUGAGAUGAUUCAGAAGUUGUUGUUAGUUGGAAGCAAAAAAUCGGUGAGAUCGAGUUGAGCGAAAGAAAUUAGAAUAAGGUGAAGGUGAAGAAAUGGCGUCAGGUUGGGGAAUCACUGGUAACAAAGGUCGUUGCUACGAUUUCUGGAUCGAUUUCAGCGAGUGCAUGUCUACUUGUAGAGAGCCCAAAGAUUGUGUUCUCCUCCGUGAAGAUUACUUCGAAUGUCUUCACCAUUCCAAAGAGUUCCAACGAAGAAACCGGAUUUACAAGGAGGAACAACGCAAACUAAGAGCUGCUGCCAGGAAAGGUCAAGAUGACGGGAAAGUUGCUGAACAUCAUUAGCAUUAGUAAUUAAUUGUCAAUUUAAGCUUCUGAACAAUUAUUUUAAUAAAUUGUUUGUAAUUCCGCUUGGAUCGCUAUUUCUGCGUUUUGUGUGAGCCCUUCGGCGGGCAGGCUUCUUUUCCCUGUGCAAUAAUUCAGAGGUCAACUUGCGACUGCAAUUAGACACUGAACUAUGCUGAGUUAAUUUGGUUAUUUUCUUUUGCUCUGACAUGCUUGAGGAUAAAGGAUUGAAAUCCUCAAAAUAAAAAAGAAUCAUCAGAUAAAAUGGUGAGAUAUAGUGUAAUUAUGCAGUAAAUUUUGGAUUUCUGUGAACACGAGCCUUCAACUUUUUUUCUUAUUAAA